AGAGAGAGAGCAAACUGUGCACGGGGAGGGAGCCAGGGAGCUACAGGGAACCAGGACGCCGCUGUGUUGUUAUGCCAAAACACUCAGCUGCGGCUUGUCAUACCCAAGUGUGUAUGACAGCCUGUGUGGUGACAUGGUGGUGUCUGUGGCUGACUGUGGCAGGCAUGGAGGUCUGGGGAGGAGGAGAGGAUGGGGAAAGAGGAGGAAGAGAGGAGAGGUCCCUUCAGCAAAUCCCCUUAGGAACCUCAGGAUUUCCCUUACCUGUGGAUAUUGACCCCAUUCCUUCAGGCCCCAGAGAACAGAUCAACCAAGUGACAUCCUUCAUUGAUGGGUCGGUGAUCUACGGGUCCAGCAAGGAGGAGAGUGACGAGCUGCGUGCCUUCUCUGGCGGCCUCCUCAAGGUGCAGCGCGGCCCCGGCAAACACCCAGAUCCUCAUGGCCGACACCAACCAGAUUGA